AUGCACCGCAGCAGCAGUCCUUCCACGUGCAGAGCAGGGCUGUGCUAUCAGUCCAUCGACCUUUCCGACUGUCGCAAAGGUCCCAGGCCGGCCGGCAGGAGGCCAGGGUGGGCCAGGAGCUGCGGGAACGGAGUCGAGGCUCCUCCUCUGACUCGCGCGGUGUCCCCUUCCUGGCGCCCCGAUGUCCCCGAGCGGAGCAAGGAAGGAGAUGGUCUCCUGCGGAAGCGCCUCUCCUUGGUGCCAGAGAUUCUGCAGGGACAGAGGCUGCUGCUGCUGCUCAUUGCCAGGAUACCUGGUCCCCCAGAGUCCUCCUCCUUCUCCUCCUCCUCCUCUGAUGGCCAACUCUCAAUUACCACCAAGCGCAGAGAAACAAUGCACCCCGCUGAUGUCUCUCCUCCCCUCUCUCCUCUUGCAGGGAGCUGCCUGGAACUCUUCCUGCUGCUUCUGCUGGCUCUGGGGCUCCCCUCUUCGCGCGGCUGCCCCACGGACUGCGUCUGCUACCCGUCCCCCAUGACCGUCAGCUGCCAGUCCCACAACUUCCUCGCCAUCCCGGAGGGCAUCCCCGAGGACAGCGAGCGCGUCUUCCUGCAGAACAACCAGAUCUCCCUGCUGCUGCGCGGCCACUUCAGCCCCUCGCUGGUCACCCUCUGGCUGUACUCCAACAACGUCACCUUCGUGGACCCAAACGCCUUCCGCGGCUUCUCCCACCUGGAGGAGCUAGACCUGGGAGACAACCCCAACCUGCAAGAGCUGUCGGCCAAGACCUUCCAGGGCCUCAGCCGCCUCCACGCCCUGCACCUCUACAAGUGUGGCCUCAGCUCCCUGCCCAGCGGCAUCUUCUCCGGCCUCCACAACCUGCAGUACCUCUACCUGCAGGACAACCGGCUGGGCUACCUGCACGAUGACCUUUUCGCCGACCUCGUCAACCUCAGCCACCUCUUCCUGCAUGGCAACCGGCUCUGGAGCCUCCACCAGAACACCUUCCGGGGGCUGGUCAACCUGGACCGGCUGCUCCUCCACCAGAACCAGCUGCAGAGCAUCCACCGGGGAGCCUUCCACGACCUGCGGCGCCUCACCUUGCUCUUCCUCUUCAACAACAGCCUCUCCGAGCUGCCGGGGGAGGCCCUGGCCCACCUGGAGGCCUUGGAGUACCUGCGCCUCAACAGCAACCCCUGGCACUGCGGAUGCCGGGCCCAGUCGCUCUGGGAGUGGCUGCACCGCUUCCGGGGCUCCAGCUCCAGCGCCAUCUGCGAGUUCCCGGAGAAGCUGCACGGCGUGGACUUGAAGGAGCUGACGGCGGACAGCUUCCGGGGCUGCGCGGCCUCCGAGUCGCUGCACCACCAGGUGAAUGGGGUGCGCUUCCCGCCGUCAGCUGAUAGGGCGCCCCCGGGGGACCACCCGCCGCUCCACUCCUCCACGGAAAAGGGGAAAGGGCGGCCGGGGGAGCAGCGCCCUGGCUACCGGAAGCCCGGCAAGAACUGCACCAAGAGCCGAAACCGCACCACCAAGCCGGCCGGGCCCUGGAAGGAGAACGAGGGGACAGACUAUGAGCACAAAUCCCCUGGCCUGGGCCUGCUGCCCAAGCCGAAGGGGAAGUGCCACCGGACAUCUCUGCAGCCCCCCAGCGGGGUCCAGCAGGCAGCGGGGGCCGGGGUGCGUGGGGCCGGGGCCAGGGCUGCAGGGGCCCUCCAGGCCGCCCUGCUGGCCGGGGUGCUGGCCUUGGCGGUGAUCGUCCGCUGACCGCGGAGGAGCCACGCUGAGCCGCCACCGGUCUCCGGAGCCCCAGCGCUGUGACUCCUCCUCCUCCCCCUUUUUUCUGCCUGGGGGGUUUGGCAGCAGCAAGGCAGGCCCCCUCCCGGGCCUUCUUCAAAGCCCCCGCCCAUGGCCAGCAAGGGG